AUGAGUCCCAUAUUUGCCAGUGAAAGGGAAGAAAUAGAAAUAACUGCAGACCGACUAAGGUCACGUACCCUUACGGUGGAAGUUACGGUCACUACGCCAAGAAACGAAAUUCAGAAAAAAGCAUUAGAGCAAGUUAAUCAGUACAUCGACGAUUUGCUCGUCAAAUUUCGUGUCGAUGUGGAUAGUGCCAAACGGACAUGUCAGGAAUAUCUAAACGCUUGUUUAUCGGAAUCACGUGGAAAUAUAGAUCAGAGGUUUCAGGCGGCGAUUAUCGAAUGCACGGCAGACGAUCAGAAGAAAACACGGAAGCGAUUAGAAUCACUACUGAUGACUGUGUUUCACGCCGAAGAAAGGAUGAGGCGCUAA